AUGUUCUCAUCGGCAUCGAGACAGGCGCUUCGCUGUGCAGCCAAGCGGCAAUGCCGCGGCUUCAGCUCCACACCCUCUGUAGGAGCUGCUGCAGAGGUCAAGAAGCUGGGUGUUAUUGGAGCUGGGCAGAUGGGACUUGGAAUAGCUCUAGUAGCCGCACAAAAAGCUUCAGUACCCGUCCGGUUAGUCGACAACUCACAAGCCUCGAUCGACAAGGGCUUGAAGUUCGCCGACAAGCUCCUCGAGAAAGACGUCGGCAAAGGCAGGAUGUCCAAAGAAGAUGCCACAGCAGCCAGAGAGCGCCUCACUUCCAGCACCAGCCUCGACGACCUAUCGGAUGUCGACUUCGUCAUUGAGGCCGUCCCAGAAAUACCCGACCUAAAGAGCAAGAUCUUCUCCCAGUUAGCCAAGAUAUGCCCUUCUUAUGCUAUUCUCGCAACAAAUACCUCCUCCAUCUCCAUCACCAAAAUCGCGGCGUCCACGACCAGCGACCCGACCGAUCUGUCCGCCUCGUCCCGCGUCAUCAGCACCCACUUCAUGAACCCAGUGCCAAUCCAGAAAGGCGUAGAGAUCAUCACCGGCCUGCAAACUUCGCAAGACACUAUCGACACCGCAGUGGAGUUCUGCAAGAAGAUGGGCAAGAUUCCCUCCAUGAGCACGGACUCCCCCGGAUUCCUGGCGAAUCGGAUCCUGAUGCCGUACAUCAACGAGGCCAUCAUCUGUCUAGAGACUGGUGUGGGCACAAAAGAGGAUAUCGAUAGCAUUAUGAAGAACGGGACGAAUGUGCCAAUGGGACCGCUACAGUUGGCAGAUUUCAUAGGGAUCGAUACGUGCUUGGCGAUCAUGAAGGUGUUGUAUGAAGAUACGGGAGACUCGAAGUACAGGCCUGCGGUUCUGCUGAAGAAGAUGGUGGAUGCUGGGUGGCUAGGUAAGAAGAGCGGUAAGGGCUUCUACGACUACUAG